AUGCAAAACAUACAAAUUAACUAUGGUGAGGUAGUUUACCAUAUAGUUUGUCAGAGAGAACAUCUAGUUCAAGACAUCUACUACCAUUUGUACGUCUUUACGAAUGCUAUUACAUUGUCAACUGAAAUCGAAUGUCCUACUCCAAAGUACAUGGUGCCAAUAAAUUUAGAGAAUAACAUCCAUUGGGUCAGAAAUAAUCAGAGAGUCUUGACUCAAUUCGGCGUUGAGUAUAAAGGAACAGUCAAAUAUUUCACAGCUCCAGAAUAAGAACUAAAAAUGUUCAAGAGAAUAAUCAAAAACAGAAUUAUGUACAGAGAAGUCAGCGACUUCUAUCAACCAUUAAAACUCUUGGGCAAGGGAGGCUCAUCCAAAGUUUAUUUGGUAUAGGAAAAGGACAAUUCAGCAGAGUUUGCAUCCAAAUGUAUUGAGAAAAGGUAUCUCAGAGAAGAUGGUGGUUAUACUGCCUUAUUCAAUGAAAUCACAAUCAUGUCCAACCUAGACAACGAGUAAAUCGUCAAACUUGAAGAAGUCUAUGAAGGAGACAACACAUUUUAUCUCAUACUUGAGUAUUUGAAGGGACCAAGUCUACAUGACUUAUGUAAUAGUAGAAGUACAACAUAGCCUUUGUCUUGGGAGUAGAUUAAACAAAUUAUGUGGCAAUUACUCAAAGGGGUAACUCAUAUGCAUAGUUUAAACAUCAUGCAUCGAGAUCUCAAACCAGAGAAUAUCAUGUUUAAGGAACACGGAUCCGUCUAAGGUCUUAGAAUAGUUGAUUUUGGCUUGGCAACAAAUACAAAUGUAGAAAAAUACCCAUUCCCAAAAUGUGGAACUCCUGGAUAUGUUGCUCCAGAAAUUGCUAAUCUCAAAGAUCUCACUCUAAAAUACGAUAAGAUCUGUGAUAUGUUUAGUGUUGGUUGCAUCUUCUAUAAAUUGAUUACCCAGAAAGAUUUAUUCCCAGGAAUUGACUAUCACGAAAUUCUUAAACUGAACAAAAAGUGCUACGUCAAUCUUGAUAACCUUCAGAUGUUCAAGGCUCCCUCUUCAGCUGUCGAACUCAUCUCUUAAAUGCUUAAUUCCAAUCCUAGUCUAAGAAUCUCUGCUUAAAAAGCCUUAGAACACUUAUUCUUUGUUCAAAGUCCCUAAGCUGAUAUUAGAAUUAGCUUUUAGACAAAAAAGCGAUUAGACCCUUAGAACAAAUUAUGGUAGACUUAACUUUUCAAAAACAUCAAAUCAGAUAAAAUUCAGCUUCCUGAGAUUCCUGUCAAGCAUAGGUAAUAAGCAAAAGAGGAUGAGGUGGUUGAAGAUGAGAAAGUGUGCAUAAAUGUUCCUGUUAUGAAAAGCCCAAGAUUCCAACAAUAAAUUAAAUAGAAAAAUAUUAAUCUCAUUGAUAGUUAACCUUCAACUCCCAGAACCAAAUAAAUUAAGAAAUACUCAACUCAGGACUAUGAUUUAUCAUCUGAUGCUUCAUCUCCUGAUUCAGCUAGAAUGAGACCAACUAUUGUCCUUAAAAAUGUACCUCAAAGCUCUGCUAAGGCUCAAACUCCAAGAGCUCGACCAAGCAAAUAAAUCAUUUUACAAAGACAAUUGUCAAAUCAACCUAUUGAGGAAGUAAAUGAAGAAGAAGCCAAAGCUUGAACAUAGUUGAAACUAACUUGAAUUAUAUAUUGAAAUUAAUUGUGUA